UUUUCUUUUCCUUUCGGCUUCUCCCUUUAGGCGUGGCCACAGUGGAUCAUCCUCCUCCUUCUCACCCUGUCCUCUGCUUCCUCUUCUCUCAAACCUACAAACCUCAUGUCCUCCUUCACCACCUCCAUCAAUCUCCUCUUUGGUCUUCCUCUCCCCCUUCUACCUGGCAGUUCCAACCUCAACAUCUUCCUACCAAUGUACUGUCUCUCUCUCCUCUGUACAUGUCCAAACCAUCUCCAUCUAGCCUCUCUGACUUUGUCUCCUAAACACCUGACCACAUGUGCUGUCCCUGAUCUACUGCUUCCUGAUCCUAUCCAUCCUGCUCACUCCCAGAGAGAAGCUCAGCAUCUUCAUCUCUGCUACCUCCAGCUCUGCCUCCUGUCUUUUCCUCAGUGCCACUGUUUCCAAACCAUACAACAUUGCUGGCCUGACCACAGUUGUGUACACCUUCCCUUCCAUCCUUGCCGAAUUUUCCAUUAAUCUAUAAAGUUUUAUAAAUACUUAGUUUUCAUAUGUUUAGUGUGCCUCAGUCCUGGCGCCUACAAAGACGUCUUGUUGUUGUCUUUGGUAAAUUCAUAUCAUUCCAGCGACGCCAAGCCCUUCUCAAACGGUGGCACAUCUCAUUAGGUUACAAUAGAAAAGGCGGUGCAUUAACUUUGUCUUCUAGUGUCUAUAUUUUAUAAUUUAUGACGUGAAGCAACCAGUGAUGGUGAUUUCAAGUUUGCUUACACUCAGGGUCUUAAUCUUACUCAGCAGUACAGUCUCGAGUGAGGGGGCGUGCUGGUAGGCGAAGGAAGUGCACAACUUCAAGCGGCUUGAGCUGUAAAUUUACACUUGAGAACUUAUUAAACAACGCCUCAGACACUUUAGUUUAAUAAUGGCCUCUCUGUUGCCUCACCUGUUGGAUCCUGAGAGCCAUUAUGUGCAGUGAGCGGGGCUGUAACAGACUGUGUGUCAGAGGGGUUGCUGGCAACCCCUACUGUAUGUGCAGGAAUCUGCCAUGGCUUGUUUUUGGGGUGGGACACCAUGACCUCAGGCAAUGAAUGGGUGGAUGCAACUCUGUUAGCGUAGAGUAUGAAAAGAGAAAGAGAUGAGGCGGGUGAGACAGACAAGAGGCACGACUUUAUGAAGCAUCAACGCUCGCCGUAGUUGUUGAGAGGAACUGCUGACCGAUACUCACUGUGCUGUGACAGCAAGGGUUAAUCUUUUGUGUCAUGUUCGAUUACGUUGACAACUUUGAAUGCUCGCUAUUUUUUAAUCCAAAAGAAAUAUCCAGUUUUUUGACAGGGUCAGAGAGAAAAUAUCGAGGGGGGUGAUGUUUCUUUAAGAGAGAUGGAGAGUGUGAGUGAGAGAGAGGGAGAGGGAGAGAGAGACAGAGAGAGAGAGAGAGAGAGAGAGAGAGAGAGAAAGGGAGGGACCUCUUUGCCCUCCAGAAACCAGGAAGGGAAUUGAGUUGAUCUGCUGCUGCUUGGUUAGCGCAUACGGGGCUUUAAGCUGCACAACAGUGAGGGGGAGAGAGAGAGCUCCGGAGUGGAGGAGAGGAGAGGGCUGAGCUAACCCACAACAAGCACCACCACGGCUAUCGCAGAAAGGCAAUCGGACAGACGGCAGGACGGAUACACGGGUGGGGGCUGUGCUCGGCGGCUCGGCGGCAGGCUGGUGGAAGAUGUCGUCAGGAGCCGGUGGGAGAGGAGGACGGCGACUCAGGGGGACAGUCAGCAGUGGAGGUGGAGGAGGCAGAGGAGGAGCAGGAGAGGCAGAAGAAGGUCCAGUGGGAAUACCUUUUCCGGAGCACAGCGCAGACAUUCUGGGUAACCUGAACAAGCAGCGACUCAGUGGCCAGCUGUGCGACGUGCUUCUUGUUACUCAGGAUAGAGAGUACCCCGCCCACCGCUCCGUCCUUGCAUCCUGCAGUUCCUAUUUCCACAAGCUUUUCACGUCAGGAGCUGCCGCCGACCAACACAACGUCUACAACAUUGACUUUGUGGCAGCAGAGGCUUUGGGAGCGCUGCUGGACUUUGCCUACACAGCCACGUUGACAGUCAGUCACAACAGUGUGGCUGACAUCCUCGCCGCUGCACGCCUCUUGGAAAUCCCGCCUGUUCAAGAUGUCUGUACACACCUGCUGGACACCAAAGUGCUCUCCCCGCCGGCGGGUAGUGAGCAGAAAAAUGAAGAAGAAGAUGAGGGGAGAGGCAGAGGACGACACGAGCAAGGAAAUCGUAUGCGGGCCCGGGAGUACCUCGAGUAUUUCCAGAGAGGGGCACACUGGGGCAGCAGCUGUAGUACUCCAGAGCUCAGGGACCUGCCUACGCAUCUGCACUUUAACCACGGAAAUGGGGGGACCCCCAGCAACGGAGCUCCUGGUGGGCCUGUGGAGUACUUCUCCCCCCUGGCCCACGCGUUGGCUCAAGCCCCAAAGCAAGAGCCUGAAGAGGAGGAGGAGGACGACGAGGACGAUGAAGACAGGGAUGCAGUGCGGAGCAAUGGUGCAAACUUAGACUCACCUUUCUAUCCCCCAUCGCAAAAUGGGCACUUGUACCUGCCCGACGCCAGACUGAGGCAGGACCUGGAGGUGGAGGAAGUUAACAGGGAGAUGAUGAUGAGGGAGAGAGGUUCAGCAAGCGCCCUCCUCCAGCAGAUGAUGGAUUCAAUCGAGAGGCAGAAAGAGCGCGCAGUGGCAGGUGACGAGCAAGGGGAUGGCGACGACCCUGACAUGGAAUUUUACUUGAAUUAUUUCAACAGCACACAGCACGACGAUUCUCCUGCUGCUGUGACGCAAGGAGUGCCGUCAGUCUGGUUAUCACGAGGCCAAGACAGAGCAGGAGGAGGAGAGAGGGCAGUUGGAGAGAGAGGAGGUGGGGGUGGUGGAGGGGAGAGGAAAAUGCGCUCUAAGGCCUUCCAGAAGUGCCCCAUAUGCUCCAAGGUCAUCCAAGGAGCUGGCAAGCUACCCCGCCACAUCAGAACGCACACCGGAGAAAAACCCUAUGAAUGCGCCAUCUGCAAAGUGCGCUUUACCAGGCAGGACAAGCUCAAGGUUCAUAUGCGCAAGCAUACAGGAGAAAAGCCUUACCUUUGUACACAAUGUGGAGCAGCUUUUGCUCAUAACUACGACCUGAAGAACCACAUGCGCGUCCAUACCGGCCUGCGACCCUACCAGUGCUCCAGCUGCUUUAAAACUUUUGUGCGCUCAGACCAUCUCCACCGCCACCUGAAGAAGGACGGCUGCAACGGCAUUCCAUCUCGAAGAGGUAGAAAGCCCAGGGUGCGGGAGCCCGAGCUCCUUGAGGCUCCCCUAGAUUUGCUGAGCCCCCUCUUCCCCAACUCCAGCCCUGGGCCCCGAGGUAUCCGUGGCCGACGCUGCUCCGACACAGCGCUGUCCACAGAGAUGGAGGGAGCAGUUGGAUCCCACGCACAGAGUCCUCCACCGCCGGAGGGGGCGGUUGAUGCUGGCCCCUGAAAGUUUGGAGGCAACAAGGACACUGCUGGUCCCUCUGUCUAGCCUGCAAGACAGGCUGGGAAAGCAGAGGAGGUAAACAUACAAAGACAAACUUUGGACGGGAAAAAAAAGAUAACAAAAUGACUUAUGAUUCCUCCAUAAACACCAAAUCAGGGUUUCACAGAAAUCAAAUCUUUUUACGUUCUAUUUUUUCCUUUUAAUUUAAGAAAUGGAUUUGACGCACUUGGAUUAUUUGUUCAAGAGCAAAGAACGCUUCAUCAUCUUCCCGUUACGUUCCCUUUCUGGGCCAUUUUUACUUCACAUCGUUGCGUUGGCAUAACCUAUGGGCUUAACUGAGCGCACUAACUAAACAAAGAAACUAUGCAGUUCAGUUGGAUUUUUAUUGGUGUUGUCCUCGCAGCCUUUGAGCUCUCAGAGAGGUGUCUGUCAAGCACCUUGUGGCUGCUGUACGGGUGAAGUGAGGACAAAUUCUCUGUGAAAAUGAUUUCUAUUCCUUUGCAGGUGUACAGUUACCAUAGAAACAACAUAUGGCAUAUGCAAGAAAAACUCAUCACAGUUUUGAUGCAACAUUCACAAUGAUCCAGAAAGAACAAAGCUGAGGGUGUGAUUGAAGCGUUGCUUUCUCUCUAAAAAAACGAAAACGUACUCAAGAGUCCGCAUUUUGUCUUAUUGAAAACAAAUUGAGUCGAAUCCACAUUCAUGGGGGCUCGUAAGCUGCAGGUCUGUGAACGCGAAGGGUUGGAGGUCUGUGUUUGUAAAGCACUACCAUUGUCGUCCUGUCUGCUGGCCUGACUCGUUCGCCUCUUACCCCAUCGCUGACCUGCAAUUUCAGCAUUUCUGUUUUCGAUUUUGUCUUAAUUUUGUUGUUCUUUUUUAGUCGACUGCUUCGGGUACUUGACACUUUAUAAAUGUAUACAUGUAUAUACAGCAGGUGGUUGUAUGACAUCAGUCUCCUCUUGGUGUGGAGGUGGACUUUAAAUUGGGAUUUUACUCUUCGGCUCGAUAUCCUGUUCCUUUUGGGUGAACAAUCUGUAUGAAUGUUGGAUGGAAGAAAUCAGUCACAUUUGUCCUAAACUUAACACUUGACAUGUAUAGUUCCUGCCCAAAGGAUGUGGAGGUCGAUGGAAUGAAUGUGCUUAACUUUGUGCAGUUUUCGGAAUCUGUCCUUGUGUGACAAGGCGCGGGUAGCAUUUAACCAACCGCAGGUUAAAGCAAUGGCAGGGAGCCUCAAGAAAAGUGUCAAAAGAGUACGACAACAGAUCAUCCAGCACCUUUUCUCAAAGUUUGCACAGCUUUUACUAAAGAAAUCCGUGGGGGUUUGUUUCGUCCUUUUGUUUAUUCCAAUUCUCUACCGUGAGGAAACCUGUUCGAUGAUGAGAGCAAUAAAUACCUGUCCAAGUUGGGAGGCCGAAUAGGUGCACAGCUGCAGCGGGUCGGUGGGGGAGGGGAGCGGGAGAAGGGGAGGGGGAUCUCACAAUGUCUGUUGCAUUCCAAAAAAUAAUCUCCCUCAGCUCAGCCACGUUUCCAGGCAGGAGGGGAUCAAAUAAGGCCUUUUCUCUCCCUCGCUCUCCCUCUGCAGGCCUCUAAUGCCCCCAUACCAGCCUGAAGGGGGAUAUUAUAUUGGAGCCUGGUGUGUUGCUGUGGGUGGGAGGCCUGGUGUGUGUUAACAUGCAUGUGUGUGAGUGAGGCAGCAGGGUCCCUCUGGCCACAUCAGCACAGUGUGAGUCAGCCACAGCCUGUUCAAACAUGCACCCUGAGCUUCUGCUCUCAGUGCACUUUCUCUCUCACACACAAACAUGCGCGCACACUCAUGGGGUCCUGGACGAGACUUGGGGGAAACACCGCUUUUUCACGCAUUGUUGCAGGUUUUGUCGUUCACUUAAGUCAGUCUUAAUCAAAUUCUCCAAACUGGCACUUUGAGUUGAGGAAGAUGAUGCGGGAGGCGCCCCUUGCUCACCCCCUGCCUUUAACCUCUGCUCCCGCGCUGUUGUUAUCUAUCAGUCCGUUGCACCUUAAUUGGAAAGAGGCAGGUUGUGAAUGCACUUUGUUACUGAGUGGGGCGCUUUUGUCAACAAAACGGGUACUUUGAAAAAAAAAAGAAAAAAAAAAAGUUGCAAAUGAGAUCAGCCUUUUCUCCUGUCCACAGUGUAGCUUUUGUCCGUGUUUGACCGUAGACUGCCAAAAAUGCUUAAUCAGAUAUAGUUGGAUCUUUCAAAAGAAAAGCCAUUUUUUGUGACCUUAAAAAUUUAGAAACUGAUUGCACUUGAAGUUAGCUGUUAGCGAGUUGUCUAUAUGUCUUAAUGUAUGGUGGUUGACUGAGAAUAUAGGGCAGCGUGAGUGAGUGUGUGUGUGUGAGUGUGUGUCAUUCCCUGCGCAUGUCUCAGUAUGCAUUGCUGGCUAGUGAACUGGAGGGUCUCGGGACACGCGAGGAUAAACAAACUUUGGGUCUGCUCCAUCUGUUCAUAACCACACAGGUUCUCAGCGGUAGCUCGGCGAUAAUGAGCCCGCAGAAGCAAAAAUAUUGUGUUGCGAAACAACUCAUCGGACAGUUGCUUGUUUACUUCAUUGCCCUCUUGGUGCACAUUUGCAUAAUUCAUCUUUUACUCUUGAUGGCCAUUGUCAGCGGCCGGCGCGGUCUGGGGAGCCUCAGAGUUUCUAUUUUUUGCUUUUCAUUUGUUGCAAAGAUGCAGAUUGUUAUUGCAGCGUUUGACCCCCGCAGACACACCAGUGUGCGUUUAUCUUCUUCAUCCUAGCUAUGAAUCGCUUACACUGAAUGAAACCAUGUGGAGGUGGUGGGGGGAUGAGAGCUACAAGCCAUCUUUGUGUUGGACUUCUAUUGCCUCAUGAGUCUUGUAUGUUUGUCGGUGAACCAAAGUCCCCCCUGCCCCGACAGAUUCUCCGAUCCAUAUACGAAGCGUAUAUGUCUAAUUUAAUUGCACCUGACCGUGAUAAAUCUCCACACACACAACAUAUGCAGAUAUUUUUUGUGGACAUAUUCAGAUGUUAACUUUCUCUUUGUAUUUGGUGAAAUAGAAUCAGAGGUCUAAAGAUGUUUAAGGUAUGUAAAUAUAUAUAUAUAUAUAUAUAUAUCUACACUUGGGAUAAAUAAUUAUGCUACAGCUAUUUUUUUCUAUGUUUGGAUGAGUGUGUGCGUGAGCCGAUGUGUGUAUUUGCAUUGGGUGCUUGGUGGGUUAUGGAUAUAAAGCCUAUAAGCACUGGAUAUGGUGCUUUAGCUGAGCGAGAGCAAACGUUUGCACUAUUCUUUAUGUCCUCGUCCUGCAUGUGGAAGACGGACAGAAGACAACAAAGUUGUGACUUUCCAUAAACACUGGCGAGUGUUUCAAAUCAUCAUUGGUCUCCAUCAAACCCCUUCAUGGAAGAAAUCAUGUGUGUCGCAUCAGCCAAUACCAAAGGAUAAAAAUGACCUUGAGUGAAGCCAAUAUUCUAAGCUACAGAUCAGAUGUAUUGUAUUUGAAGGUAAAUGAAUUGGAUUUGGAAAUAUUACAUUGCGCUUGACUAUAUAUGUUCCGCGUUUACGUUUUAGGCUGACAAUGUGUAAUGUGUACAGAUGUUCCGAAUCGGUUCCUUUCAGAUUAAGAGAUGGGAUUGUUCCGUCCGCUUAUUUAAAGACAAAGCUUAUUCGGGUGAUUUCAGUGAAACUGUGUUGAGAACUUUAAACUAUUGAUCGAAUUGACGCCGACUGUGACUUCAAUGGGACCGAGUUUCUUGGUGGUGUUGGAAUGUCCGGGAGCUUUGUUUGGACCAAGCUUGUUAGAACCCAAAUAUCUUAAACAUUUGCUUUCCUUCGUUGUAACUGGCUGCACACUGAAAGCAUGCGUUGAUGUCAUCCUAUCUUUUUCCUGAGAAUUCAAGUUCUAGUUCGGCAACAGCAGUGGAUGAUGCUGGGUUUGUAAAAUGCAGUCUGGAAAGUGUGCUCGGGUGUCAAGAUUUAUUGAAGCGUCAGUCAACUCGGACCAAACCCCGAACUACUAGCAUAGCACAGAGAUGUGUGGAUAAACUGUUCGACGUUUAGAGUGAACACGGCCGUUAUAGCACACACCGACAUACCUCUGAUGCAGACAAAGAGGGCCCAAAUAGCCUGGUCCAAAUGCUUCAUCCACAUUACUUAAGUCCUCCUGAAAACCUCGGAGCACAAGGUCCAACGCUGGAGUCUGAGCAGGGUCACGUCCUGUCCGGACCUUGACAUUGUUUGGCCUUGUCGCCAAGUCGGUUGAACAAAGAUGGCCAACCAUAGCUAAUAAUCACAAAUGUUUUGUGGUGGAAAAGUAGAGUUGUUUUUACUGCAAUCCUGAUUUCCAUUGAUGUGUUGUUCAAUCUGGCUCUUGAUACACAGCGAGCGAAGUGCAGCAUAUGCAGAACAGCUCCAUGCGCCGCAUGGCUCUGGCACUUUCUCAGACAGCCCAGGGUCCUUUAGAGAGACAGGCUGCUGUCUGUUGGCCACUCUGGUCCAACUCAAGACUCUUUGCACUUGGAGACUUCCUCUUCCUCAGAGGAUGUAAAGGCUGGCACGCGGGUCGGAUGAUAAAUGGAGCAGAGCUGGAUGUGCACAUGCUGUGCUUGUAUUCAGGGAUGACGCUGAGAAAUGGGGCCUGUGGUCGGAAUCGUGUCCAAUUCACAAUGAAAGAUAAGAACGAGGGUCACUGUUGUCUCUAUUCAAGUCAAUUCUCAGGUGGAAAAAUCACUGCUAUGCAUUAGUGUUUAGUGUCUGCAUAGUUAGUAGCACGUUGGAUCAUUCCCACAACUCUCUUUGUUGCACACAUCAGUAUGGAACACAGGACGUCCUAUAGAAUCUUACUGAGGGCCUCAUGCGUGAUGGGCAGGUAGCAGUGAAAGCCACAUGAAAUAUCCAUCAAUAGUUUGUGGAAGAAAAGGUGUAAAACACAGGGGCAAUAGUCAUUUCUUCUUACAUGCCCCUACUCUCUGGAGUGGAAGUCGAUUUCUUUGCUGGCCUUUGAUCUGAGAUCACAGGCCCUCGACUUGGGAAUCAUGGAGAAGGGAGGAGUGCUGCGUUCUAUUUGGAUGGUUAGACAUGAUGUCAGGAAAAGUCAAUUCCCGCGCAUUCCAGUUGUGACUCAGCGUUCCAAACAGGACUCAUCCAUAUGUAAGUCAGGAAAACAUUCCCAUAAGCAGUGAACUCAUUUCAUGCUGUGUAAAGGUACUGUUAAAAUUCUCAGGCUCCUUUGACUUGGUUCACACUUAAAAUGACAACAAAUGGAACGCAGCGACGGAAGUGCACUCACUGUGAUUCCCAGGUCAAAGUGCUUUCUGAAUGAAAGGCAGAGGUGACUGGAAGGAACAGUUUGUUUCAGUCCGCUCCCAAAAAAAACGCUCCCAGCAUACUUGCCAACUACCUUCUUCAGCUUAAGCAUUGUAAAGAAAAAAGAAAAAACAAGAAAAAUAGCACUUUGCAAAUGACCAUCCUGAAAAUUGUGUGCUUUUUAUUUCAUUGUUGAUAUGUUUUUUUUGUUUUCUCAGAGCAGAGAAAACUGUAUGACAAAAAUGGGGGAUUAAGAAAACUUGAAUCUGUAAAUCUGGAUGUAAACACUUCUCUUCCUUCACCACCCGCUGCGCGUCAUGGAGCGUAGUCUUGGUGUUAGGUCGGGCGUCCUCUGUGCUUCAUUUCUCUAACUUUAUUGGGAGGAAGGUUUUGUGAUCUCAUUUUGGGAGACUCCUUUUCUUUAAACACAACAACUGUAUAACAGUUGCACAGCUUUCUGAGAAGGCUUGCUCCGCUGAAUGUUAAACAUGGCAGUGCUGUGUCCACUGCAGAAUCUGCUAUAGCACCAUCACCUUGUGGUUAACGGCUGGACCUGGUAUCCACAAAGCUAACAAUGACAUGGCCAAAUAAUUCUCUUGCAGUUUUCCAAAUCAUGAAAGAACUUUCUUUUUCUUUUUUUUUUUUUUUUUGGCCUUAACAUCGGCUCGACCACCGGUCCACAUUCAGGUGAUUCGCAACCCUUGGAAGUCGAAGCCUGUUAAUGAACACUGAAUCACAUGAUGCUGCUCCACUUCUCUCUGCGAGGUGGAAGUGUGUUGCUGCUCGCUCUUCUGACCACACCUCGCGCCGACAUUGCAGCACGUGUGUCUUAAAGGCAGAGUACGUGCUGGAACAUCAUCAGGAUGCAGUUUGGCCAGAAGGUGCGGCGCAGUUGAACAUUUCAGCCCGCAGAGCGCAGCACCUGUUCUCUCCCAAAUUUCUCUUCACAAAGGUUUUUAUUAGUGUAUAACAGUCUGUCAGUCCAGGUCUGUUGGAAGCUGCGGGAGAGGGGGGAAGGGGUGGGGCUCUGCUUUUUGGGAUGUUAGAGAAUUUGCACUUUUUCUGUGACGAAAAGAAAAUGUAUCGUGUAUGAGACCACUACAUCCACACACAGUCUAAACAGUUUAAUUCCAUAUUUUGUGUCCAUUUCUGGUCUGUUUUUUUUCUUUUAUAAUGUAUCCAAAAUGUCUGGCAUCUGGUUGUCUGGUUUAAAGAAUAUAGAAUCUUUCUAUUAAAAAUGAUGGUUGCAAA